AUGCCCUUCAUCUCCUCAAUCUCGAGCGUCUACGGACGCACGGACGAGAGGAUCAGCCAGGGGUCACCCAUGCGGCCAUCGCAGCCAGUCCUACCAACUGCCUGCUUCCUCAUGCCUCCAAAUGUAGACUCGCUGGAGAUGCUUCAUUAUCUCAAUUUCGAGGUAUUCGGGGGUUCUCCCGGUCAGCCUGCCACCUCCUUGCCAGCAGCCGAGAUUCUACAUAAAGGCCAUCGAAAUAGCCAUCACAUGGCAUCACGAGAUGAUUCCAUGUCAAUCGGUGGUAAUCAUACAUACGAGCAGCUCGCAAGGGUCUACCUACUUCACGGACGUGAGCCCGGCUCAAGCUCGUGCGCCAUUGAAGCCUGA